AUGGUUUGUGUUAUUGUGCAUUCGGGUGCAGGAUACCAAUCAAAAUCUAACGAAGAGAAAUAUAAUAAAUUAUGUUUUGAAGCCUGUUUACUUGCUGCGGAGCUGCUGUCUGUUGAACAUAAGAACGCUGUGGAUGCCGUAGAGGCUACUGUUGCUUAUUUAGAAGACUGUCCAUUAACCAAUGCGGGAAUUGGGAGUAAUUUAACUAUAAAUGGGUUUGUCGAGUGUGACGCAGGCAUAAUGAGUAGUUCUACCCAUUGGUUUGCUGGGAUCGGUGCCGUCCGAAAUGUAAGAAAUCCUGUAAAAGUUGCAAGACUUCUUCUACAGUCGCAGAUUGGCCACCCUUUGGGGGAAAAUGGACGUGUCCAGCCAUCUUUACUUUUCGGUGAUGGGGUUCAUGACUGGGCAGCUUCGAAAGGACACUUUAUUGAUACAUGUGAUCUUACCACUACAACUUCAAAAUUAUUGUGGAAAAAAUACACAAGUUGGUUAAACAAUGGUGACGAGACAAAUGGGAAUGCGAAUAUUACCGAUUGUAUGCCUGGGUGUAGUUAUUCCAGUGAAGAGAACAAAUCCAGCUCUGACACCGUCGGUGCUGUAUGCGUCGACUUGGAAGGGAACAUUGCCUCUGCGGCGUCAAGCGGUGGUAUUGCAGUAAAAUACGAGGGUCGUAUUGGUCAGGCAUGUACAUACGGUUGUGGUUGCUGGGCAGAGGAACUCAGUUUGUAUUCCCGAAUCGGUACUGUCACUUCUGGCAUAGGCGAACAGUUAGUAAGGACCCAGCUGGCCCAGCGUUGUGCCGAACGAUUCAGCGGUUCGUCAAUCUCUGUUCCCGAAGUAGUCAAGUCAUCUCUGAUUGAUGAUUUUCUAAAUUCAAAAUAUCUUUCAUUAGAUAUGGAAAAGGGUGCUGGAAUAGCCGGUAUAUAUUACAACUUCGAAUGUACAAGCCGUCCGGUUGUGGAUCUAUUCGUUGGACACUCAACGAGAUCGAUGAGCGUCGGCCAUUACGUGCCCAGUGUUAUGACAGAACCAGCUGUUCGAAUCACACGGAAACAAACUGACGAACCCAUAUACUUGGAGGUCUCGUCGUACUGCUUAGAAGAAAUUGGGCGAUAAGUUUCAGAUCUUGUCUUGUCUCUAACCUUCAACGUCUGAAAUCUACUAAUGACUGAUGUAUUAAAACUGUUGAUUUGACGUUAGCUAACUGAUGAUUUCCAAUUUCAGGUUCAAGGGAAAGUGUGAAGCUGAAUUCCGAACGCCAUACUAGUGAGUGACAAACCCAUUUUAUACACUAAUUACUACACGUGAUCUAUAUAAGGUGGGAUAGUGCACUUGUGAUGCGUCUUAUUUAUACAAUAGUGUAUUUGAUUUCAGAUAAAAACAGCAAAAAUCAGGUAAAUAUAUUAGCGUCAGUUUGUUAUCAGUCGACUCAGGUGAUUUAGGUAUACAUUUGUCACGUGAUCCACGACCCAGUCCACCUCCACGAAUGAUUUCCGCUUUCGAUACGAAAAUAUGCAAGGACGCUUAGAACUUGAAGGACAGCUUUUGUCUUCAUAUUAAAUAGAGGAGAUCCCAUACUGAGUAAAUGACUACCGUUGAUAUACCCUGGAGCACUGGAGGACUAAGACAAAGUUCGGAAUUCGGGGAGAGCAAAAGAUUACAGCUCUGAGGUGCAAGCACUGUAGUACAUAUUUAUGACUUAUUCAUUUGUAUCGAGUUCGUUUACAGAGUUUUGUAUAAGCGACUCAGUGGAUUCAUACAGCCAUUGUCUAAAAUCACGAAAUAUACUCAUUUAUCUUAUAAAGAGAAAUACAGUUUUUGUUCAACGAAGA